AUGAACAACACUAUUCAUCCGCUCGCAUUCGCUAUCAAAGGUAAUUGCAUACCUCGUGUCCUCGCAUAUCCGCCAUAUGGUGUUCUAAGGAGCAAAGAGAAGAUCCAAGUCGCCAUAACUAUGAACAAAUUCGAUCACGACAGUAUGGGUGCCAAGGACCGUAUUGUAUAUGAAUGGGUGCUGCUAAGGCGAUUUGAACAAAAUUUCAGGCCUGACAUGCUUAAGGUGAGGGGUUCAAUAUACACAUUCAUUCCAAGCGAAAUUGUUCUCCUGUCAUUUCAUUAG